AUGCAACACUCUCAACUGGACCCUCUCCCGAAUGACCUCCCCUUCCGAAUAGUGUCAAAAACCAUCGGAAGGGGAGCCUAUGCAUCAAUCAAAAAGGCAAAACCUCUGGACACAGAUACACCAAUAUUUGCUGUCAAGCUUAUUCACAAGGGAUAUGCUGUCAAGCAAGGUCGCAUAUCUGCCAAGCAGAUUGCCAUGGAAGUGUCGCUACAUUCACAUAUUGGUCAACAUCCUAAUGUGAUUGAGUGGUUCGCCACGGGUGAGGAUUCAGUCUGGCGAUGGAUAGCCAUGGAAUAUGCAGAGGGUGGUGAUUUGUUCGACAAGAUCGAGGCCGACGUGGGCGUCACUGAGGAUAUUGCCCACCUGUAUUUCCUACAGCUUGUCAGUGGAGUAAGCUUCAUGCACAGCAAGGGAGUCGCACAUCGGGACCUGAAGCCAGAGAACAUCCUCAUGUCAGAAAACGGCAAUCUAAAAUUGGCGGAUUUUGGCAUGGCCACCAUGUUUGAGUACAAGGGCCAGCGAAAGAAGAGCUCCACUAUGUGCGGUAGCCCUCCUUAUAUCGCUCCCGAGGUUCUGCUUUGUGGUAGAUCCGAAAAGGCCAGCAAAUACUCACCAGAUGUGGUGGAUAUCUGGUCAUGCGGUGUUAUACUCUUUGUCCUCCUUGUGGGAAACACGCCAUGGGAUGAACCUACUGCAACUAGUUGGGAGUACCAGGAGUAUCUCAAGAGCAACGGACGCAGUUCAGAUAAGCUCUGGACGAAGGUCCCCGCUGAUGCUCUCUCAUUACUGAGAGGCAUGAUGAGUGUGGAACCUUCGAAGCGUUUCUCGUUUGCUCGGAUUCGACAGCAUCCCUGGUAUACACGGCAGAACAAAUUCUUGACCUCGGAUGGCCAGAUCUCGGAUCCCUUGAAUGUUGCGACAGUCAUGCUGGAGAAUCUUCACAUAGACUUCACUCAACGUCCUUCGGCAUCUCAGAGUCAGUCGCAACAAAGCGUUGAUGCCAUGGAUAUUGACUCGACAUCCUCGAAUAACUACCUUUCCGCGACGCAGCCAGAGACGCCCAUCAACGAUGUGCUUUUCGAUUGGGAACGGCCGACGCUCCGUUCCAUCGGUACCUCUGCAGUCUCGUCCACGCAGCCAGUCUCGCGCAUUGAUGCAGUUGGACCUUAUUCAGCAACUCCCGGUGGCAGCUUGAUUGACGCUCUCGCCGAAGAACCUUCCAUGUCACAAUUCUCAAAGACACCUGGCGUUAUCAUGUCGCUGACUCAACGAGCUCGUCGCUUCAGAGACAUUGUGCCUGCCCAUGCUUUCACGCGCUUCUUUUCACAUAUGCCCCCUCAGCUUCUGGUCCAGAUGCUGAGCGAUGCCUUACACAAUCUCAACGUUCCCAUGCCAAACGGAGCCCCCUAUGUGGGCCAGGGCGAUCUUGUGGCAACGCUCAAAGUCAAGACUGUUGACGGCCGGAAGCAGAGUCUCCACGGUGAGAUCAUCAUUGAUCGAAUUCGUUUGCAGGGCGAUCAAGAACUGCUGGAAGUGAGGUUCGUAAAGGUCAAGGGCGAUCCGCUGGAAUGGCGAAGGUUCUUCAAGAACGUGGUGUUGCUGUGCAAGGAUGGUGUUUACAAGCCGGAUUUAUAG